UCGCUUAAUGAGGAGAGUAGUGAUCCUAAACGUGCGGUGGAAAAGUGCUUAGUAACGCCUAAAUAAAAUUUUUAAAUCACGGUAAUUGUGUAUUAAGUUUUGAUUGCCAACAGUGAAAAAAAUGAGUGAAAAGAAAAUCGAAGCAGAAGUGGACAAAGGUCCACUUUUCGGCGUGCGCUAUGUGCAGACUUUGCUGCUCUUCCUAUCAAUUACUGUUGCCUAUAUGAGCCGCUUGAAUAUCUCAGUAGCGGUAGUGGCAAUGACAAACGCUGAAAGCACAAAUCCCAAUUUCCAGGAAUUCGACUGGACGGAGAAGCAGAAGUCCUACAUAAUAUCUUGCUUCUAUUGGGGCUAUGUGAUCACACAAUUUCCCGGUGGCUAUCUGAGUCGACGCUUCGGCGCCAAGAUUGUGAUGGGCAUCAGUCUCUUUGGCUCGGCGCUAUGUAGUUUACUCACACCUUUCCUUGUGCCAUGGGGCGGCUGGAAGAUUUUCUGUGCCAUACGCAUGGUACAGGGUCUCUGUCAGGCGGCAUUAUUUCCAGCUUUGCAUCAGCACGUUGCCAAGUGGUCGCCGCCACACGAACGCAAUCUUAUCGGUGCACUUGCCUAUGCGGGUGUCGAUUGCGGCACCGUGUUGGCGAUGCUUGUAAGUGGUCUGAUAGCUAGCGGUCCGCUCGGUUGGCCGGGAAUUUCAUAUAUUUCGGCCGGUAUUUCUUUUGCCUGGUGCUUGCUUUGGUGGAUUUUGGGAUCGAACGAUCCGCCAUCAUCGCGGUUUAUAACGAAAGCUGAGUGCGAGUAUAUCGAAAAUUCGUUGAAACGUGAUGAAGAUUUCCAUAAAAAGAAAAUACCUGUACCAUGGUUAGGUAUAUUCACAUCUGUGACAUUUUUAUCACUACUUUUGGUGCGCUGUUGCGAAACUUGGGGCGUCAGCACGAUGCAAUCGCAAAUUCCCUCCUACAUGAACGGCGUGUUGAAUAUGAAUAUCAAGAGCAAUGCAUUCUUCUCGGCGUUACCCUACAUAGCGCGUUGGAUAUUAGGUUAUAUCUACAUGUACUUCGGAAAUAUGUCUGUAAGGAAGGGCUGGUUGUCAUUAACCGCUAUGCGUAAGAUAGCCAAUACGUUGGCAUUAUGGCUGCCAGCGCUACUCAUGAUUGGCGUUGGCUUCCUCGAUGAUGGCAAUAAAGCUUUGGCCAUCUCAUUAAUGACCAUGACUGUCGGCUUUAACGCUGGUGCAACUGUCGGUUGUGUACUCAGUACGAUAGACUUGUCACCAAAUCACGCCGGUGUUGUGAUGGGCAUCACAAACCCGGUGGCUAAUAUUAUACCACUGAUUACGCCAUUGGUUGUGGGUAUUGUAGUCAAAGAUGUGCACAACCGCGCUGAAUGGCAAACAGUAUUCAUCAUUUCUGCGACUGUAUUCUUCGUCGGCAAUUUGAUUUUCAUAAUUUUCGGUUCGGCAGAAGCCCAACCGUGGGACGCACCCGAUUACUUGCACAAGGACAACGUAGAGGAACCAGUAAAGGUACCAACAAAGAGCACUUUCAAGGAAAUUUUUGCUGCUGAUGGCGGUAAAGAUGAGAAAGAAGGUUGGGCAGUGGUGGAAAAAAUUGACGAUACGAAGUCGAAAGAGAAACGUGCGGAACACUGAGGCUCAAUAAGUGAUAUUAAAUAGUUAGUCGAGUUGUGGACAGACUUAAAUUAAGUCUAGUUAAUAAUUAGUGGAGCGAAAGCAAGCAAUUUAUUAAUAAGCUGUUUUGGUAGCUUCUAAUUGUUUUCGUUAUAUAUUAUUAAAUUAUAUAUUAGAGCGUGAAAAUUUUAGAUUAAGAAUU